AAAGAGAGUAAAACAAAACAAAACAAAAAAGCAUGAACACGAUCUUAAAAAACUUAUCGUGUUUUAAGAAAAAGGUUAAAUCUUUACGAAUAUUCGAAUCCAGGUCACUAUCUUCUUCGUCUUCUUCCUCAUUCACUCCUCAAAUAUUCGACGUUUUUCUAAGCUUCAGAGGCAAAGAUACUCGCAAGAACUUCAUCAGUUUUCUCCACAAGGAGCUAGAAUCAAAAGGGAUUCGAACUUUCAAAGACGACACGGAACUAGAGAGAGGCCGUCCGAUUUCGCCGGAGCUUCUCCAAGCAAUCAAAGGGUCGAGAAUCGCCGUCGUUGUGGUCUCUGUGAAUUACCCUGAUUCAUUCUGGUGUCUCGAAGAACUCAAGGAGAUUUUGAAACUUGAGAAUCAGGGUUUGCUCACUGUGAUACCCAUUUUUUAUGAGAUUGAUCCUUCAGCCGUGAGGAGACAGAUCGGAGUAGUCGCGAAACAGUUCAAGAAGCAUGAGAAGAGAGAAAGCAAAGAAAGAGUCAAAUCGUGGAAGGAAGCCUUGAACAAAUUGGCUAACCUCUCCGGCGAAUGUUCAAAGGAUUGGGAAGAUGACUCGAAGCUGGUCGACGGAAUUACUGAGAAGAUAUCAAAAAAGUUGUUCUCGGAAAAACCAAGGAAUGAUAAUAUCCUAAUUGGGAUCGACCAACACAUGGAGGAAUUGUAUCCACUACUUAAUCUGAAUUCCAAUGAAGAUGUUCGUGUAAUUGGGAUUUGGGGAAGAGGAAGUAUUGGUAGAUCAGCACUAGCAAACCACGUUUACCAAAACAUCAAACAUCACUUCGAAGCUCAUUGUUUUCUCGAAGACGUGAGACGGAUUUCACUACAUUGCCGCAAAUCUCAUUUACAAGAUGAGCUUCUUUCGAAGAUGCAAGGAGAAGGUUUGACAACAAAGAGCUGCCGUAGGUGUCUUAAGACGAUUAAAGCAAGGCUCAGGAACAAGAAGGUUCUUCUUGUGGCGAACGAUGUAGACAAGCUCGAACAAUUCGAUGCACUAGCUGAAGAAUUUAGCUGGUUUGGUCCUGGGAGCAGAAUCAUCAUUACCACACAAGACAGGCAAUUGCUUGUUUCAUCAGUGGUGAGGAGUGUCUACGAAGUUGAGCUGUUGAGAUGCUACGAAGUUCGUCAGCUCUUUAGGUCAGAUGCCUUCAAAGAAAGAGACGAUCCUGUUGGUUUCGAGCAGUCUACAUAUCGAGCCAUGUAUAUUUCAGGUCAUGUUCUUUUGACCUUGAGAUAUAUUUUCACUUUGUUGUGUGACAGAGAUCAACUCAGAGAAAGAAUAAAUGCAAUAGUACAUAGUCUUUAGAUUCAUUUGAUUUUAAAUACAAAGUGUAGAUUUAGAGGUCAAAUAAGAUAGUGUUUAGAUUCAGGAAUAUUAAAUUGAAGUGUUUAUUUGUUCCUUAGUUCUUAACAUGUUAAGCCAUUUUGUACAUCUUGUAUGUAAUACAGUUCUCCCUUAAAAGAAAUAAAGAAAACACCAUUUUUUAUA